GUGGGGAACACCUGCCUCCGCUGCCUACAAAAGGACGACGCUACCUCGAGGCUGCCACACAUACGGACUCAAUAGCAGCGGAACCGCCAGCAAACGACUACUAAAUCUACUUCACGCAUUGCAGUCUUUUUUAGAGUUGUACAUACGGUAUUACUACCUUCGUUUUCGUCAACUGCUUGGCCAAUGGAGAAUUUCCUUCGAUCGCACCUACAAAUGCCGGAGCUACUUCUGGAAAAGUGUGCAGGAGACUGCGAGGAAUGGACGUGCGACAGCAGAGCUGAAAACUUCUACGAAAGUCAAACGGCUACAAUGCAAGCAACAAUACAAGAAGGAAUUGUACACUCUCCGUACAAGCAAUCCAAGCCAGUGCUGUUGUCAUUUGUUGAAUUCCUCACUGAAAAAAUUGGACCCCAUGGAAACAGAAUUGCACUGACCGAUGGAGAGAGGAGCAUAACCUAUAAAGAACUUCUGAAGAAAUUACGCUGCUGCGCUGCCAUUUUUCAAGCUCACAACGUUGGCCCUGGUGACAAAGUGUAUUGUCAUUUCGGAAACAGCAUCGAAGCUUUUGUGGCGCUCUACAGCAUCUGCAUUGCCGGGGCUACCGUUGUCCUGAGUGAUCCAGAAUACAAAGAAGGAGAGGUACAACGGCACUUGAAAAACUCUGACGCGACACAUGUGGUGACUGACCUCCGCCAUUCAUUCAAGUUCAGUCCUGGCGACCAAGGAAAUAGCAUAAAGGCAUAUUUUGCGGUUGGAGACGUGCCUGGAUUUAUUUCAAUUUCCAACUUUGACACAUACAAUGAAGAGGAUUACCGAGAUGUCAGAAGGUGUCCAGGACGCGUCCUUGUCAUGGCGUACACCUCUGGAACAACUGGUCAAUCCAAAAGCGUUGAAAUCACGGAGGAGCGAUUCCUUCGAAAAGUCUGUGGAAUGGAAGCUACCGGCCUGUACAGCGCGGACGACGUCUGUCUAGCUUGCGAAUACCUCACCAUAUACCUGUCGUUUUCCUUCAACUUCAAGUUCCUAUGCUGUGGUGCCCGCUUGGUGAUCAGUGACAAGUAUUGGUCGGUACAAGACUUUCUUUCUACGGCCAGAAAUGAAAAGGUGUCCCUUCUUAUGACGACACCUUCGGUGCUGUAUCUAUUGGCAAGCGCCGUCGUGGCUACGGGUACGAGGCUUCCUUCACUGAGGAAGGUGGUCAGCUUAGGUGCAACUCUGCCGAAGAACACAGCGGUGUUCGUUAUCUCGGCGUUCAAGCCUACGGAAUUCAGGAACGUCUAUGGCAUGUCUGAGGCGAGUGGAGUCGUCUGCUGCGUCCCAGCUGGUCAGAUAUGCGUCGACAGCGUGGGCUUUCCUGUUGCCGAUACGCAAGUGAAGAUCAUUGAUCCGAAGUCCCAGAGGACGAUGCCUCCGCUGGAACGUGGUGAAAUAAUGGUGCGUUCGCCGAACAUCAUGGUAGGUUACUACAAUGACUGCGAGACGACAGCUGCCGCUCUCGACGCUGAUGGCUGGCUGCGAACGGGUGACAUGGGCUACUACGACGCCUCUGGUCGGCUAUUUGUGACCGAGCGGCUGAAGAGCGUCAUCAAGUGUUUAGACACCAAGGUGGAGCCUUUCGAGGUGGAGCAAUGCGUUCUCGAGCUUCCCUGUGUGGCCGAAGUAGCCGUGCUCGGUGUGGCGCACCCGGUGCUCGGAGAGGCACCGGCAGCCAUUGUUGUCUUGCAACGAAAAUGGAAGGGGGAGGAACCUGGCCACAUUGCACAGCGGAUCAAAGAACACGUGGCAGAGAAAUUGGCUGUUUACAAGGGACUGCACGGCGGGAUAGUUUUCGCUGAAGAGCUGCCCAAGAACAGAAGCGGAAAAGUGCUCAAGCGCCAUCUGAAGACUGAGUUUGUAAAGCUUAAGAAGGCCGGAACGUUUUAUUGAAUGCUGUCGAGGACAUGCUUGCUCUGAUCUACUUUAAUUAC